AUGCCUCCUCUUCUUCUUUUGACACAACUGCAAUCCCUAACAACAUUAACGCUUAUUGAACUGCAUGCCAAAGACAUGAUUCCGCUAUUGAAGCAACUACCUCAUCUAUCUUAUUUAAAUAUUCAUAAUCAUUGUAAGCAUUCCAAAGCACUGAUUACAACAGUAUUAAAAAAGAAAACAUUAAAAACAUUUAUCUUUAAAUCAUUAACAGCUGGACUUGAAUUACCAUUGACAACCCAAAACACAUCGAAUAUCGAACAUUUAUCAGUUCAGAUGGGUAGCGAUUCUCUGGGUGUUUUACUAUGUCAUUUACCAAAACUUCGAUAUUUAAAUAUUGAUCUCAGUAAUCCCUGCAGUUUCAAGAAUGCUAUGUCUGACAUUCCAAUAAUGUCAUGCAUAACCAAGUUAAAACUGGAAAUACAUCACUUUCCAAUUAGCUUUGUAAAUCAAUUAUUUAAAUCAGUGCCUAAUCUUCAAUAUUUGCAUUUUAUUGGAAUGACUUCUGAUAAAAAAUGUAUAGAUCCUUUUCAAUGGGCAAACUUAUUAUCAUCUAUGAUCGGAUAUUUAAAUCGAAUAAAGCUCAAUUUACAUUGUUGGUAUUUAAUUAGAGAAAUUCCUGAUUGCACUGAAGUUAUACAAAAAUUUCGAAAGAAUAAGUUUAUACAGCAGCUUGAUAUUCAAAUCUAUCAUCCGUUACUUUUCGGAGAAUCUGUUAGUCUUCGAAUUAUGGCUAAUCAUAAAUAUCCAAUUUAA